GUGACAUGUCUGAGAGUAAAGCCAAGAAGAUAGAAAUCAAGGAUGUGGAUGGGCAGACCCUGAGUAAGCUGAUUGACUACAUCUAUACGGCCGAGAUUGAGGUGACUGAAGAGAAUGUCCAGGUGCUGCUCCCAGCAGCCAGCUUGCUGCAGCUCAUGGAUGUUCGCCAGAACUGCUGUGACUUCCUGCAAUCUCAGUUGCAUCCCACCAAUUGCCUGGGUAUCCGCGCGUUUGCAGACGUGCACACCUGUACCGACCUCCUGCAGCAGGCCAACGCUUAUGCAGAGCAGCACUUUCCAGAGGUGAUGCUGGGGGAAGAAUUUCUUAGCCUAAGUCUGGACCAGGUGUGCAGCUUGAUAUCCAGUGACAAGCUGACCGUUUCUUCAGAAGAGAAGGUAUUUGAAGCUGUGAUUUCAUGGAUCAAUUACGAGAAAGAAACCCGUUUAGAGCACAUGGCAAAGCUGAUGGAACACGUCCGUCUCCCUCUCUUACCGAGGGAUUACCUUGUCCAGACAGUUGAAGAAGAAGCUUUGAUAAAGAAUAACAACACCUGUAAGGACUUCCUCAUCGAGGCCAUGAAAUACCAUCUGCUCCCUCUGGAUCAGAGGCUCUUGAUUAAAAACCCAAGGACCAAGCCCAGGACUCCAGUUAGCCUGCCCAAGGUCAUGAUCGUGGUUGGCGGCCAGGCACCCAAGGCCAUCCGCAGUGUGGAGUGCUAUGAUUUUGAGGAGGACCGGUGGGAUCAGAUUGCUGAGCUCCCCUCCAGGAGAUGCAGAGCAGGUGUGGUGUUCAUGGCUGGCCACGUGUACGCCGUGGGCGGGUUCAAUGGUUCACUGCGUGUGCGGACAGUGGACGUGUAUGACGGGGUGAAGGACCAGUGGACGUCCAUCGCCAGCAUGCAGGAGCGCCGGAGCACGCUGGGAGCAGCUGUGCUCAACGACCUGCUCUACGCCGUCGGGGGCUUUGAUGGCAGUACUGGCCUGGCGUCAGUGGAAGCCUACAGCUACAAGACCAACGAGUGGUUCUUCGUGGCCCCAAUGAACACACGGCGGAGCAGUGUGGGUGUGGGUGUCGUAGAGGGGAAGCUCUAUGCCGUUGGGGGUUAUGAUGGGGCUUCCCGCCAGUGCCUGAGCACCGUGGAGCAGUACAACCCGGCGACCAAUGAGUGGACAUACGUGGCAGACAUGAGCACUCGUCGCAGCGGCGCAGGGGUUGGGGUCCUCAGCGGGCAGCUGUAUGCCACAGGUGGGCACGAUGGGCCCUUGGUGAGGAAGAGUGUCGAGGUUUACGAUCCUGGAACAAACACCUGGAAGCAGGUGGCAGACAUGAACAUGUGCCGGCGCAAUGCAGGGGUCUGUGCAGUGAAUGGGCUCCUGUAUGUGGUUGGAGGGGAUGAUGGAUCCUGUAACCUGGCUUCGGUGGAGUACUACAAUCCUGUCGCUGACAAGUGGACGCUGCUGCCAAGCAACAUGAGCACAGGGCGGAGCUACGCAGGUGUUGCUGUGAUUCACAAGCCCUUGUGACCCCACCUCCCACUGCCAGGAGGUGGAGGAAGGGAGGGGUGCUGUCUGUGACUCGGCACAGUGGGACCACGCUGGCUGGGUGCCACUCGCUGCCGGAGUCUGCAGAGGAGCGGGGACCGCCCUCCUCCAACUUGGCAGUGUCGUCAGGGUGGGAAGACAGUGACCCACCUCCUGCUCCUGCAAGGUGUUUCGUCCUCUGCCCUGAGCAGUGGGUUCCUGAUAGCUCCGGCUGCACCUUUGAACGUUCUUUUGUGCGUUUCUACAGGGACAUCAGAGAACCUGGAACCUGUGUGUGUG